AUGGCAUCAAAGGCGGGAGGAGGCGAGGGGAAGGAUGGAGAGGACUACUACGCUACGUUGGGGCUCGAGCUGGGCGCCACGGCGGCACAGAUCUCAAAGGCCUACAAGAAGCAGGCGCUCAAAUUCCAUCCGGAUCGUAAUCCCAAUGAUCCCCUGGCGGGCCAGCGCUUCCAUGCACUCCAGCAGGCCUACGAUGUGCUGAGCGAUCCUGAGGCUCGCGCAGCCUUCGACGCCCUGAUCCAGGCCCGGCUCAAUCGCAAGCGCAAGCUCUCUACGAUGGACGCGCAGCGACGAAAUCUCAAGCAGACCCUCGAGGAGCGCGAGAAUGCAUUCAAGCGCCAGCGGGCCGACGAGCUGGAUGCCCAGCGGCGCCUCGCCGCCCGCAUGGCCCGCCUCAAGGAGGAGACCGCCGCCAAAAUGCAACAGGAGAAGCUGCGAAGGCAGCAAACCCAAGAUCGAGUAGCGGCACCAUCAUCAUCCACAUCAUCUUCUGACGAGGAGGUGGUCGUCAAGCUGCGCUGGGGCAAGAAGGAGGGCUGGGACGACGAGGCUGGGGUGCGGUCGGCGCUGGAGCGUGCCGGCUGCCCCGCGCCGCUGGCGGUGGCAGUGCGCCGUCGCGGUGGCGGCGCGAUGGCCACCUUUGCCUCGCUCGCCGAUGCCGACGCCGCGCUCGCCCGACUCCCACCACCGCUCACCGGCCGCGUGCGACGGAGCCGAGCCUCGACACCACCCGCUUCAUCAUCUUCAUCAUCCCGCGCCGAUCGGCCUUCGACUUCGACUCCCGCCUCUGCGGCCGCUGGCUCGACGCCCUCGGCCGCCGCGGGGCUGGGCCAUGCCGACUUUGAGAGCCAGGUCCUUGCGCGCAUGGCCAUGGCCGCCGCCGCCAUGCGACAGCAACAGCAGCAGCAACAACAGCACUCCACCGCGCCACCGCCGGUCCAGCAGAACAGCGAAUAG